CUCUCUCUUAUCUUCCCUCCCCUUUUUUUUUUUUCCUUUAUCCUAUCCUCCUAUUUCUCCUCAUCAACCUCACACAUUCACAAUGGCCGCUCCCGCUCAGAAGUUCAAGGUCGCCGACAUCUCGUUGGCCGCCUUCGGUCGCCGCGAGAUUGAGCUCGCCGAGAUUGAGAUGCCCGGUCUCAUGGCCAUCCGCCGCAGAUACGCUGAGGAUCAGCCCCUCAAGGGUGCCCGCAUUGCCGGUUGCUUGCACAUGACCAUCCAGACCGCCGUCCUCAUCGAGACCCUCGUUGCCCUCGGUGCUGAGGUCACCUGGUCCAGCUGCAACAUCUUCUCCACCCAGGACCACGCCGCCGCCGCCAUUGCCGCCGCCGGUGUCCCUGUCUUCGCCUGGAAGGGUGAGACCGAGGAGGAGUACAACUGGUGCUUGGAGCAGCAGCUCGUCUCCUUCAAGGAUGGCAAGAAGCUCAACCUCAUCCUCGACGACGGUGGUGACCUCACCUCCCUCGUCCACGAGAAGUACCCCGAGCAGCUCAAGGACUGCUACGGUCUGUCCGAGGAGACCACCACCGGUGUCCACCACCUCUACCGCAUGCUCAAGGAGGGCAAGCUCCUCGUCCCCGCCAUCAACGUCAACGACUCCGUCACCAAAUCCAAGUUCGACAACCUGUACGGCUGCCGUGAGUCCCUCGUCGACGGUAUCAAGCGUGCCACCGAUGUCAUGAUUGCCGGUAAGGUUGCCGUUGUCGCUGGUUUCGGUGAUGUCGGCAAGGGCUGUGCCGAUGCUCUCCGCAGCAUGGGUGCCCGCGUCAUCGUCACUGAGAUCGACCCCAUCAACGCCCUCCAGGCUGCCGUCCAGGGCUACCAGGUCACCACCAUGGAGGAGGCUGCUCCCCAGGGUCAGAUCUUCGUCACGACCACCGGUUGCCGUGACAUCCUUGUUGGCAAGCACUUCGAGGUUAUGCGCAACGACGCCAUCGUUUGCAACAUCGGUCACUUCGACAUUGAGAUCGACGUUGCCUGGUUGAAGGCCAACGCCAAGUCCGUCCAGAACAUCAAGCCCCAGGUCGACCGCUACGAGAUGCCCAGCGGCAACCACAUCAUCCUCCUCGCCGAGGGCCGUCUCGUCAACCUGGGCUGUGCCACCGGCCACUCUUCCUUCGUCAUGUCCUGCUCCUUCUCCAACCAGGUCCUGGCCCAGAUCGCCCUCUUCAAGGCCGAGGACGUUGCCUUCGGCAAGAAGUACGUCGAGUUCGGCACCUCCGGCCGCAAGCCCGUCGGUGUCUACGUCCUGCCCAAGGUUCUCGAUGAGCAGGUCGCCCUCCUCCACUUGGAGCACGUCAACGGCAAGCUCUCCAAGCUCACCCCCGUCCAGGCCGAGUACCUUGGUCUGGAGGUCACCGGUCCCUUCAAGGCCGACCACUACCGCUACUAGAGGGGUAGAAAACAGAUCACCCAGAUUCUUUCGUCAUUGAUUUUUUGGUAAUACCCUGAAACGGCUAGAGUUGUUCAACAUGGUCACGAUGUUACGAAACACAUUAUACAAGGGUUCUUUUUAACAGGGGGCUCAAAAGCACAUUGUCUUCAACGGCAAAACAUAAAAGUGGCAUAGGCGGGGGCGGGUUUUGAUUUGGCAUGGCCAGUGAAGUUUUAUACCAUAUGAACACCAGAUGAGAUAAAUAAUAGUAUUGCGACUU